CCGACCUUUCUUUGGCGACCGAACAGACUUGGUCGGCCCGGAAGCCCUUGAAGAGCUUGAGCACCAGCGCCGCACGAGAUUCCUCUCAUCCUCUAGUAUGACUAACCUUCGGCUCCCCAACUUAAAGAACUUGCUUCUAUGUUCAAAACAGAACGGGUUCGUGGAAACAAAUAUUUGGAAAUCGAUUCCGUGUAAUGCUCCUCUGACCCGUAUUCAACUACUAAAUAUACUUGCAAUGGGGCCAGUAUUUGACCUACUCAUCGACAAAUUACCACCGCAACUCGAUAGUUUCCGGCUAGCCUUCUCCAAAGAGUCAAAUAUAGAUUGGGACUUUAUCCGGCUUUUCAGAAAGUAUGCCAACGUCGCCGCCACUACACCAGCAACUAAAAAAUCUCAACGCCGACCACCGUGCUUCCUCCUCAAAACUCUUGCUCUCCAGGAUUGUCAAAGUGUCACGGACCAAGUUCUAUCAACUGCCGGUGACAUAUCAACGCUGACAACGGUUAUGCUGCAUGGGCCAUUUCCAGCGUUGACCUCAAAUGGAAUCAAGCAGCUGGUGAAAAAACUAUUCAACGUGGAAAUGCUUGCCAUAGGUAACCUUGAUGUGGUUACGGAUGGUACUCUGAUCGGCUCCUUUGACAACUAUCCUACACCGUAUCUUCAAACCUUGAAACUGCAGAGCUUGAGAAAUGUGACAGAUUAUGGUGUCAUUAUCGCCGUAGAUAGUUUAGCUUCAUCACUGAAAAGACUGAAAUUAAUCCAAUGUCGAUCCAUUACUCAGACUGCUUUUGAAUACGCAAAACGAAGAUGUGCCGUGUAUGAUAAAGAAUGACAAAUUUUGUUUGAAAGAAAUUACAAUAAAAGAUUCUUCA